CCGCCCGAACGUAACCCCAACGAAUCGAGAUCGUUCUAUUCGAUGCACUCUAUCGGUGAGUGCAACUUGCACUCCAAAACAGCAUCCAAAUCCAGACAUUAGCCAGUAGGGCGAAGGAGGUAAACCACGUCUAAUGCUUUUUUUGUUGCUGCUGUUGUUCGUGUUCGCGCUACCGUUGCAAUCGUUGGUGCGCGUGUUCAAGGACACGGUUCGUGCAGUGUGCGCCCGUGAGCCUCGCUUUCCUUUGAUGCGAGAACGUGCAGAUGUACCAUCGCACUCUGUCCCCGUUAACACUAUAUUCGUCACCAUUGCUGCUACUAAAAACGUGUGCGCAUUCUACCAAAUCCCUUCCCUUGCAAAACGGAUUUAAUCCGUCACAUCGAUGAAGGAAGUUUUUGAUUGCGUGGGGGAUACUAAACCGCGUGGGGAGAGGGGGCGCAUAUACUUCCUUCUGUUUAUACUAGUAAACUAGUGAACAAUAUUAAAAGAACAAAACCAAAACCAUUUAUUUAUGCGUUCGAUGAGCAGCUCACUAGCGUAAACCACCCGAAUAAGAGGACGAUCUUUCGCUCUCGCUCGCUCUUGAUUUUUCGCUUCGGAGGAUAUCAACCGAUCGUUCGACAGAUCAAACGCACCACCACUUUACGGAGGAAACUCGGUAGCUGUUUCGGAGUGGGAAAAACCGUGCCAUACGUAAACACAGACAGCAAAAGCGAUCGUCCUUGGACGUUUAGAAGGAAAAAAGACUAUCACACCAGCAGUGCUCGGCACACAUGCCGUCCUUCUUUCGCUCGUUCGCAGUUUACCGAAAUGUUUCUGCAAUGAUUUUUGCAAAUAAAAAAAAAACAACUCUAAGAACUACCACACACAACAUGUAGGCGAAUGCCCGAGGGGUGGGAAAUAGAUCCGCCGUACGCGUAGGUCUGCAUUUUUUUCCUUCUUCAAAGGGUUGAUGUUAUUUUCCGAUACCAACGAGCUCACUCCAUUCGGAAAAUGUCCAAACGUUGGCAGUCCUGCGACAGCAUCUCGACGGCACGGGCAGGUUAAUUCAGUUCAGUGGAUUGUUUCGCUCGGGAGGUUAGAGAUGUAAAUCUGGAACACACCUGACUAGAACCAUCACUGCGCGCAACGCAAAGUACAGUGAAUAUUGUUGUUUUGUUUUUAUCCGAGAAUUUAACAGAAUUCUUCAAAUCCCUUGGAAAACUCGUGCAGAUGUAAAUCUAUCAGUGUGUGUAUAUGAAUGAGUAUAACGUUCUAAAGCAAAAAGAUCGUUAGAAGAAGACGUAUAAUUGCAUACGGAAAACUGUGUCAAACUAGAACUGGUUGAUGAUGCAUCUGACCCAGAUGCGGCACUAGUGACCGAGUGAAACGAAAAACUCCAUACAAAGUGUUUGUUUAACUAUAAAGUGCAUGUUUACGAGAAAUACAAGUUUAUGGUUUAAUUAGUGCGGAUUUUCGAUAUUCUUUAAACAAUAGCUACAGUGCGGUGAAUUUAUUCUCCCCAAAGUUAUCACUGACCAGUAACAUUGUUCUCACCCUCAAAAAUGGAUGUAAGGGAUAACUUUACCGACUUUACCCUAGCGUCGAACUACAUCAUGCAGCUGGCGAUCGACGAAUAUCAGGCGGAUCGCAACUGGACGCGACUGAUCGACCGAUACUGGAAUCUUGUGGAGGACCUGAUUGGAGAUCCGCGCGCAAAACAGCUCCCAUUCAUGGACAAUCCACUGCCGACGCUUGGGAUGGUGCUGACCUAUCUCGUCUGGGUGUUGAUUAUUGGACCGACAUACAUGCGCGACCGGAAACCGAUGCAGCUAACAAACACACUCUUCUACUACAACCUCGGACAGGUCCUGCUGAGUGCCUACAUGUUUUACGAGCAUCUGAUGGCGGGCUGGGCCCGGGGAUACAGUUUGACAUGCCAACCGGUCGAUUACAGUGACGAUCAUCUUUCGCGCCGGAUGUUUAACCUGUGCUACAUCUACUACCUCUCAAAGUUGUCCGAGUUUGCGGAUACGGUGUUCUUUGUGCUGCGCAAGAAAAAGUCACAAAUUUCCUACCUUCAUCUUUAUCAUCAUUCGCUCACCCCAAUCGAGGCUUGGAUUCUGACCAAGUUCCUCGCAGGUGGUAAUACAACACUUCCCAACAUUAUCAACAACUUUGUCCACACGUUGAUGUAUCUGUACUAUAUGCUGUCGGCGAUGGGACCACGCUAUCAGAAGUAUCUGUUUUGGAAGCAGUUUUUGACCGAAAUACAGAUUGCCCAAUUUAUCAUAUGCAUCGGGCAUGCGAUCAACGCACUGGUUACGGACUGCGCCUACCCGAAGUUUAUCACCUUUUUGUUACUUUGCAACGCUAGCAUAUUCUUUGUGCUGUUUAUGAAUUUCUAUCUGGAAAAUUACCGAAAACAGGCCACUGUGAAGGCGGUGCAAGAAGCGACAGCUCUAACAACUACUGAACAGCACCAAAUCGUAUCCGUAGCAAACGAAUCGUCCAAGAAGCAACAAUGACUUUCCCUAUUCAAAAGACUGAAUACGAAGGGAUAUCAAGUGAUUUUUGUAAAUAGCAUUACCUAUCUGUUGAGCGAAUAAUUGUGAUAAGAACUUCUAAGGGAUGGUUGAAAGAAAACAAAACACCUCUGUCAAAUGUAAUAGAUUGAUUUACCUAAAUUUUUUACUAACACUGAAUAAUUUUACCAACAAAAAAUAUGUCAUCAAAAAUAAUUCACAUCAUCCGUUAACAAAGUGAAAGGUUUGAAUCAUUCAAUUGUAAAUAGUUUUAAAAUGUGUGUGAAGAUUCAAACACGAUUAUUGAAACCGUUAUUCAACAAUCAAAACCUACAUAGCAAUAGAAAGCAAAUCGUUGUUUUAAUAAAUAAAAAAUAAGAAAAGUAUAAAAAAAGAAGAUAAUUAAUUUAUCA